CGUCCCAGCGCUAUUAUUCCUCCGUCGGAACCCCUGAUGGCCUGAGGAUCCCACCUGUCUCAUAACUAUAUUUACUCUACCAUUUGUCCUGCCAAUGGUUCUGUGUUGUCCUUCCCUGUAUCCUUUGUUCAGAGGUAGCAAUCUCAAGGAAAAGGCUUAAGAUUUUUUCGCCUCCGUGCUUCACAAUGCAUCCCCCAAGCCUCUCCACUAUUUUAUUUCUCGGCGCCGUUACGCUCUCGAAGGCGCAUUUCGUUCUUCAAAUACCCACAAGCCUCGGAUUUGACGACGACGCGGAGACGGAGUCUCCAUGCGGCGGCUUCGACCCUCAGAAGCGAAAUAAUGUGACUCUAUGGCCUGUUGGGGGCUCUGCCGUGGGCCUUCUGACCACCCAUAGCGAAGCUACCUGGGACUUUAAGGCGGCCUUCCUGAGUGACCUCGAAACCUGGGUGCCGCUCACCGGGGUUCUUCACCAGACCGGCGUUGGGAGCUUUUGCGAGCCUGUCGUUCCCGGGGAUGAAUCGUGGGUAGGAGAAGAGGCUGUGUUGCAGGUGGUCCAGCAUGGCCACGAUGGUGACCUCUACCAGUGCGCCGCCAUCAAGUUUGUCGAGGGCUGGCCAACCUCAACCCCCGCCGGGUGUGUCAACGACAGCAGGAUCGAUCUCAGUUGGCUGUGAGAAGGCAUACUUCGGUGACUCGACUUUGGGAGGGAAACACAGAAAUCCUUGCAUGUAUCCCUGUGGUUGCUCUCAUGGGCGCGUGAACGACUGGAUAUGGCCCUGGUCUAGCAGAC